AACGGGUGCAAAUCACACUACUGAUUCUUAAAAAGAAAAAAAAAAGAAGAGCGAGGAAAAAGCGUAAAGUGUAUUUCUAAACGCAAUUAAUUUUAAAUAAUAAUAACAAAAGUAACGUUCUUGUUUUACUUUCCUUUUAAUAUAAAAUUAAAUUAAAUAAACUAAAAAAAAAGCUAGAAAAUGGCUCCAAUCGCUGGCACAAUACCACCUCCGGUAUCAUGGGCUCAAAGAAACGAGUUGUUAUAUGUUAUUAUUGAUGUGGAAUGUAAAGACAUUGAACAUAGUGUCACAGAGAAUAGCUUUCAUUUUAAGGGUACCAAUGUCUUGGAAUCUGAAAAAAAAUAUGACGUUACACUGAACUUUUUGCAUCCGGUUAAUCCCGAUAAAGUAACGAAUAAAAAUAUCGGACGAUGCCUAGAAUUUACUAUUUAUAAGAAAGAGUCGGGUCCCUACUGGCCAGCAUUAACCAAUGACAAAACCAAAUUGCAUUUUCUUAAAGCAAACUUUUCAAAAUGGAAGAAUGAAUCCGAUGAUGAAGAUGAAAUGCCAAAUGAUGGUAUGUUUAUCAAUGAUAUGCUUAAAGGUGAAGACAUGGACAAUAGAUUCGAUGAUUUUAACGUAGAUGAUGAUGAUGAUUCAGACGAUAACAUACCAAGUUUAUCACAAAAUGAUGAAGAUGAGGAUGAGAAAAAGGAUAAGGAUUCUGAUAAGAAAGAGAAAUAGUUUAACUAAUCCAACCACUUACACACACACACACACACACACACACACACACACACACAAAACGUAGAAUGUUAGACAGUCAAACAGACCUAAAAAAAAAA